GCAAUCGCGCCGUAUACUGCGCGGUUCACGGUGGCGUCGCGAUAGACCAAUCGGCGAGUGUGAAGAUUACGACGACACGAAGACGUUUGGGCAAGGCGGGUCGCGAGCUUUCGCAUAGCAAGACGUGCGUCCACGACGGCGGCACCUAUACAGUCUCGAAACAAUAAAAUAUAAUAACGACGACGACGACGACGAAACUUGCGUUAUAUUCUACGUCCGGUACGUUAUCGCGUUUCCGAAAUACUACAGUAAGCCCAUCGUCCGGGCCGAUUUCGCGUGACACUCGUAUAAAUAGUAUACAGCGUACACAUAUCCUACGUACACCGGAAGGAAGUCUUCGACGCCGCCAUGGAAAACGUAAACUGGAUGGCGGAAUACGCCGCGUUCGUCGUCAUGCUCGGGCUGUCCGUCGUCAUCGGCCUGUACUACGGAUGCUUUUCCAAACAGAACACCGUCUCCGAUUAUCUGUUGGGCGGCAAGCACAUGUCCGUUUUUCCGAUCACCAUGUCGCUGAUCGCUAGUCACAUUUCUGGAAUAACGCUGCUCGGAGUCCCAUCUGAAAUUUAUAGCAAUGGAACACAAUACUUAAUUGUCGGCGUGGUUAACAAUAUCGUGGUCAUCGCCACGGUUAUUUACAUUUAUUUACCCGUCUUUUACGAUCUUCAGUUGACAUCAGUAUACGAGUACUUGGGCUUACGAUUCAAUUCCAACAUUCGUGGAUUGUCGUCGCUCAUCUUCGCCAUCAAUCUAAUACUGUACAUCCCUGUUGUGAUUUACAUACCCGCAUUAGCGUUCAAUCAAGUUACAGGACUUGAUGUACAUUUAAUAACGGUGAUAAUUUGCGUCAUUUGUAUAUUUUAUACUACCAUCGGCGGACUAAAGGCAGUAGUAUGGACAGACGCUAUUCAAAGUCUUUUCACAGCUGUUUCAAUCAUAAUUGUGAUAAUCUUGGGAUUAAUACAAAUCGGAGGGAUCGGAAACACGAUCAGAGCCAAUCAAGAAGGGGGCCGAAUAGAAUUUUUCAAGAUGAACCCAGAUCCGUUUUUGAGACAUACCUUUUGGACCGUCACCAUAGGCACGACGUUUCAAUGGCUCACAUCACUGGGCAUUCAUCCGGGAGCAGUUCAACGUUUCGUAGCGUUGCCCACGUAUGGAAAAGCUCGGAAAGCUGCGUUUUUCUUUGUUUUCGGUAUGGGCGUCGUUAAAAUAUUGACCGGCGCUAUAGGAAUGUUGAUCUACGCCAAGUACAAAGACUGCGAUCCCAUAUUGGCCAAUUACAUAGACAACGAUAGAAAAUUAGUGCCGUACUAUGUGAUGGACGUGGCUGCAAAAUUUCCAGGAAUUACCGGUUUAUUCGUUUCCGGCAUUGUCAGCGCUGCCUUGAGUACGAUGUCAGCUCAGAUCAACACUGUAUCCGGUACGAUUUACGAAGAUUUUAUAGUGAAAAUGAUGGGCAUAAAAGUGUCCGAUUUGACGGCUAGCGUUAUUAUGAAGAGCAUCGCGGUGAUCAGCGGUAUCGUAUGCGUGGUUUUGGUAUUUGUGGUCGAAAAAUUGAACGGAAUCCUUCAAAUGUCGAUUAGUCUGAGCAGUGUGACGAACGGUGCAUUAUUGGCUGUGUUCACGUUAGGAAUUUGUUUUCCGUGGGCAAACUCCAGAGGAGCCAUGUGUGGGUUGUUAACAAGUUUAGCUGUCAUGACUUGGAUAGUGUCCGGAGCUCAGUAUGCCAUAUACAACAAGGAAUUGAAGUUCGUCGAGAAGGAAGUUUCGAUAUCCGGAUGUCCUGCCAACACAACUUUUAGAAAUCAUACAGAUUAUUCCGGGUUAAUCCGGUUGAACGAAGACGUGUAUGCAGGUCCUGACGUACCGACAAUUUAUACGAUUUCGUACAUGCACUACAGUACUAUCGGUACAUUGGUCGGGAUCGCCGUCGGACUUGCCGUCAGUCUAUUAUUUCCCGAGGAGGAGCAGGAUGUAGACCCCAAAUUGUUGACGCCUUUUAUACGGAAGCUUGUAUAUCCGAAGUACAUGACUGAGACAGUAAAGAACGGUCGGACCAACAACCACAAAACCGAAACGUACGAACUGGUGUCACAGGACACCAAACUGUGAUGAUGCACGCUGGACAUGGUUGAUUAACGAAGGUAUUGAUUCCAUCUGAUUCGAAAAGUGUUUUGUCUUUACAAAAAUAAACGGAAAAUAAUAACAAA